AUUCCAUCACAAACCAAAACCAAAAAAGCCAACAUAAAGCAUCUUUUCAACUGCAUUUGGGUUCGUCAUAAUUACUUCUCAUUUCUCAAUUUUUUGAUUUCAAUCUUCCUUCUUCAGAUCCAAACUUAGGGUUUCUCUUCAAUUCGAUCUCUAUUUUCAUACGCAAAAUUUGUGCCUCUUUGGUUUGGAAUCUGUAAAUCCAUAGAAGUAUAGAUUGAUAGUUAGAUUGAGAUAUUGAAUAUGGAAGCGAUCGAAGAAUUGCAACAGCUAUCGGAGUCUAUGAGGCAAGCCUCUUCGUUGCUUGCAGAUGAAGAUAUUGAUGAAACGACGACGUCUUCCUCCUCCAGACGAUCCUCCACUUUCCUAAAUGUCGUCGCUCUUGGCAAUGUUGGCGCUGGUAAAUCUGCUGUAUUGAAUAGUCUCAUUGGACACCCUAUUUUGCCAACUGGUGAAAAUGGUGCAACUCGGGCCCCAAUAAGCAUUGAUUUGAAUAGAGAUAGUUCAUUAAGCAACAAGUCAAUCGUUUUACAAAUUGAUAAUAAAUCUCAGCAAGUUUCUGCAAGUGCUCUUCGGCAUUCUCUACAGGACAGGCUAAGCAAGGGUUCCUCAGGCAGGAGUCGUGAUGAAAUAUAUCUGAAACUGCGCACUAGCACAGCUCCGCCAUUGAAAUUGACUGACUUGCCGGGAUUGGAUCAAAGAAUCGUGGAUGAUUCACUGCUCAGUGAAUGUGUUGAACACAACGAUGCUAUUUUGCUAGUUAUAAUUCCUGCUGUUCAGGCACCAGAAAUUUCAUCUUCUAGAGCCCUUAGAAUCGCGAAGGAAUAUGAUGCCGAGAGUACUAGAACAAUUGGUGUUAUUAGUAAAGUCGAUCAAGCAGCUACAGAGUCUAAAGCUCUUGCUGCUGUUCAGGCACUCCUCCUGAAUCAGGGACCUCCCAAAACAUCUGAUAUUCCAUGGGUUGCAUUGAUUGGCCAAUCUGUUUCCAUCGCUUCAGCACAGUCUGGAGGUGCUUCAUCUGAGAAUUCUUUAGAAACAGCUUGGCGUGCUGAGAGUGAAAGUCUAAAAUCUAUAUUGACUGGAGCCCCCCAAAGCAAGCUUGGGAGAUUAGCUUUGGUGGAAGCUCUUGCUGGUCAGAUUCGUAAUCGUAUGAAACUUAGGCUUCCCAAUCUUCUGUCUGGGCUUCAGGGGAAGUCUCAAAUAGUUCAAGAUGAACUUGUAAGGCUUGGUGAGCAAAUGGUUAGCAGUUCUGAAGGUACAAGAGCUUUAGCUUUGGAACUCUGCCGUGAGUAUGAGGACAAAUUCCUCCAGCAUCUUACAGGUGGUGAAGGUAACGGCUGGAAGGUUGUUGCAAGUUUUGAGGGAAAUUUCCCAAAUCGGAUCAAGCAACUCCCUUUAGAUAGGCAUUUUGACAUGAACAAUGUCAAAAGGAUUGUUCUUGAAGCGGAUGGUUAUCAACCUUAUCUUAUAUCCCCAGAGAAAGGGUUAAGGUCCUUAAUAAAAGGUGUUCUAGAGCUGGCAAAGGAGCCUGCACGCCUAUGUGUAGAUGAGGUUCAUCGUGUGCUGGUGGAUAUAGUAUCUGCUGCAGCAAAUGCAACUCCUGGUCUUGGAAGAUAUGCUCCCUUUAAGAGAGAGAUUGUGGCAAUUGCAAGUGCUGCACUUGAUGGGUUUAAAAAUGAAGCUAAAAAGAUGGUGGUAGCCCUAGUGGAUAUGGAGCGUGCAUUUGUUCCACCUCAACACUUUAUCCGAUUGGUUCAGAGACGAAUGGAUAGGCAGCGCCGUGAGGAAGAGAUAAAGAACAAAUCCUCCAAGAAGGCAAACGAGGCAGAGCAAUCCAUAUUAAAUAGGGCAACUAGUCCUCAAACAGGAGCCCAGCAGUCUGGAGGAAGCUUGAAAUCAAUGAAGGAAAAAUCUGAUAAAGAUUCACAAGAGGGACCAGCCUUGAAAACAGCUGGGCCUGGCGGUGAGAUAACAGCAGGAUUUUUAUUGAAGAAAAGUGGAAAAACAAAUGGUUGGAGUAGGCGGUGGUUUGUAUUGAAUGAAAAAAGUGGCAAGCUUGGUUACACCAAAAAGCAGGAAGAAAGACAUUUCCGUGGUGUCAUUACUUUGGAGGAAUGCAAUAUUGAGGAAGUUUCUGACGAAGAAGAAACCUCAUCAAAAAGUUCCAAGGAUAAAAAGGCAAAUGGACCAAGUUCUGAAAAAGGAGCCAAUCUUGUUUUUAAGAUAACUAGUAGAGUUCCAUAUAAGACUGUCUUGAAAGCACACAGUGCUGUUGUGUUAAAAGCCGAGAGUGUGGCUGACAAGGUUGAGUGGCUAAACAAGCUCAGAAAUGUCAUCCAGUCUAAAGGAGGUCAAGUUACUGGCGAAUCUGGCCUUACCAUGCGUCAAAGUCAUUCUGAAGGUUCUCUUGAUACAAUGACUAGAAGGCCAGCAGACCCUGAAGAAGAGCUCCGGUGGAUGUCUCAAGAAGUGCGUGGUUAUGUUGAAGCUGUUCUCAACAGCCUUGCUGCCAAUGUCCCAAAAGCAGUUGUUCUUUGCCAAGUAGAGAAAGCUAGGGAAGACAUGCUUAAUCAGCUUUAUAGUUCCAUUAGUGCACAAAGCAGUGCAAGGAUUGAAGAACUGCUCCAGGAGGACCAGAAUGUAAAGCGUAAGAGAGAGCGUUAUCAGAAGCAGUCUUCUCUUCUUUCAAAACUAGUACGGCAACUAAGCAUCCAUGACAAUCGAGCAGCAGCUGCAUCCAGCUGGUCCAAUGAUGGUGGUGCUGAAAGUAGUCCAAGAAAAAGCGGACGUGCAGGGGGGGAGGACUGGAGGACUGCAUUUGAUGCUGCAGCUAAUGGCCGUGCUGACCCAUUGAGGUCUCACAGUAGACGGAACAGUGAUCCACCUCAAAAUGGUGAUGCAAGCUCAGGCACAAACAGCAGCCGCCGCACACCCACUCGGAUGCCACCAGCACCGCCACCAUCAGGCUCAUCCUAUAGAUAUUAGAUAAAAAGGUUUGAUACCCAAUUGAUAAUUCAUGCAUUCUUGUUGGAUGGGAGUAGCUUUUCAUCUCACUCCAGGUGGAGCAUUUCUCAACCUCACAUCCAUGCCAUAUUAGCUUUUGUAGAAGUGUUAUAGGUUUGUAGAUAUAUAGAGUUGCGCUUACAUGUGGUUGAUUUUGAUAUGUAUCAAUGUUCAUUAAAAAUUUUUCCCCAUUUUCCAUUUUGUUGUUGACAAGUCCAUCGCUCCAUUCAGUUUUCAAUCAGAUGCAACAGUUGUAUUUGUUGUGCUGAAUCUUACUAGAAAAGUAAUUUUUCCCUCA